UGAAAUGGGAAGAGCCGGUGGAACCCAAUGGUCUCAUAACGCAAUAUGAGCUACCAGAGCAUUGAAUCCUUUGACCCAGCAGUCAAUGUGCCUGGCCCACGACGCACCGUCUCCAAGCUCCGAAAUGAAACUUAUCAUGUUUUCUCCAAUCUCCAUCCUGGGACAACCUAUCUUUUUUCAGUAAGAGCACGAACCGGCAAGGGCUUUGGUCAAACUGCUCUGACUGAGAUCACCACCAACAUCUCAGCACCUAGUUUUGAUUAUGGAGACAUACCUUCACCACUGGGAGAGUCGGACAGUACCAUCACUGUUCUCCUGCGGCCAGCACAGGGCAGGGGUGCCCCAAUCAGCACAUACCAAGUCAUUGUGGAAGAAGACAGACCUAGGAAGAUCAAGCGGGAGUUAAGUGGCCCAGAAUGCUUUCCAGUGCCACUCACUUUUGAUGAUGCCAUGUCCCGGGGCUUGGUUCACUAUUUUGGAGCUGAACUGUCCCCAGGCAGCCUCACAGAAGCCAGACCCUUCACCGUAGGGGACAAUCAAACCUAUAGUGGUUAUUGGAAUCCUCCACUGGAACCCAAGAAAGCCUAUCUCAUCUACUUCCAGGCUAUGAGCAAUCUCAAAGGGGAAACAAGGCUGAAUUGUAUCCGAAUAGCUCGGAAAGCUGCCUGUAAAGAAAGCAAGCGUCCCUUGGAAGUUUCCCAGCACUCAGAGGAAAUGGGUCUCAUUCUGGGCAUCUGUGCUGGAGGACUGGUGGUGUUGAUCAUCCUCCUUGGGGCAAUCAUCGUUGUCAUUCGGAAAGGGAAACCUGUCAACAUGACCAAAGCCACAAUCAACUACCGCAAUGAGAAAACACACAUGAUGAGUGCAAUUGACCAGAGCUUCACAGAUCAGAGUACCCUUCAGGAAGAUGAGAGGCUGGGAUUAUCUUUCAUGGAUACUCACAAUUACAACAACAGAGGUGAUCAACGUUCCAACAUUGUCAAUGAGUCCAGCAGCCUUUUAGGGGGGUCCCCGCGAAGGCAGUGUGGACGCAAAGGCUCCCCCUAUCAUACUGGGCAGCUUCACCCUGCUGUCCGAGUGGCCGAUCUUCUCCAGCACAUCAAUCAAAUGAAGACAGCGGAAGGGUAUGGCUUCAAGCAAGAAUAUGAGAGUUUCUUUGAAGGCUGGGAUGCUUCAAAGAAGAAAGAAAAGACCAAAGGGAGACAAGAUCACAUGCCUACCUAUGACCGACACCGGGUUAAGCUCCACCCACUUCUUGGUGAUCCCAACUCUGACUAUAUCAAUGCCAACUACAUUGAUGGUUACCAAAGGUCUAACCACUUCAUAGCCACACAAGGCCCCAAACAGGAGAUGGUCUAUGAUUUUUGGCGGAUGGUGUGGCAGGAACACUGUUCCAGCAUAGUGAUGAUAACAAAGCUGGUAGAAGUGGGAAGGGUUAAGUGUGCCAAGUAUUGGCCAGAUGACUCAGAGAUGUAUGGAGACAUUAAAAUUACCCAGAUGAAAUCAGAGACUCUGGCAGAAUACGUGGUUAGGACAUUCGCCCUGGAAAGGAGGGGCUAUUCAGCAAGGCACGAAGUAAAGCAGUUCCACUUCACGUCAUGGCCAGAACACGGGGUGCCCUACCACGCCACGGGGCUGCUGGCAUUCAUCCGCAGAGUCAAAGCUUCUACACCUCCUGAUGCAGGACCCAUAGUUAUUCACUGCAGCGCUGGCACUGGACGGACAGGUUGCUACAUUGUCCUGGAUGUGAUGCUGGAUAUGGCUGAGUGUGAAGGAGUUGUAGACAUUUACAAUUGUGUGAAGACUUUGUGCUCACGGAGAAUCAACAUGAUUCAGACUGAAGAGCAAUAUGUCUUCAUCCAUGACGCCAUAUUGGAAGCCUGUCUCUGUGGAGAGACCAGCAUUCCCGUCAGUGAGUUCAGACCGACAUAUAAAGAGAUGGUUAGGAUAGAUCCACAAAGCAAUUCAUCCCAGCUGCGGGAGGAAUUUCAGCAGACUCUGAAUUCUGUAACACCCCACCUGGAUGUGGAGGAGUGCAGCAUUGCUCUUCUACCACGCAAUCGCGAAAAAAAUCGGAGUAUGGAUGUGCUGCCUCCAGACCGGUGCCUCCCUUUUUUGAUCUCCAUGGAUGGAGACAGCAACAACUACAUCAACGCGGCCUUAACUGAUAGCUACACCAAGAGUGCUGCUUUCAUUGUAACCUUGCACCCCCUACAAAACACCACAACAGAUUUCUGGAGGUUGGUAUAUGACUAUGGCUGCACCUCCAUCGUUAUGCUAAACCAGCUCAACCAGUCCAAUUCUGCCUGGCCUUGUUUACAAUAUUGGCCAGAACCAGGCCUUCAGCAAUAUGGACCGAUGCAGGUGGAAUAUAUAUCUCGGUCAAGUGAUGAAGAUGUUGUGGCCCGUCUUUUCCGGGUGCAGAACAUAACACGGUUACAGGAAGGACACUUGAUGGUCCGGCACUUUCAGUACCUGCGGUGGUCAGCCUACAGAGAUAUUCCAGAUUCGAAAAAGUCUUUCCUGAAUUUAUUAGCCCAAGUAGAGAAGUGGCAAGGAGAGAGCGGCAAUGGCAGGACCAUUGUCCAUUGUUUGAAUGGAGGUGGACGGAGUGGUACCUUCUGCGCCUGCACCAUGAUCCUGGAGAUGAUCAGGUGUCACAAGCUGGUGGAUGUCUUCUUUGCCGCAAAGACCCUUCGCAACUAUAAGCCAAAUAUGGUCGAGACCUUUGAACAGUACCACUUCUGCUAUGACAUAGCCCUGGAACAUCUGGAUUCACUAGAGACCAGAUAGCAUCUUGUCCAAGCAUCCCAAAGUUGCCAGCAGAGCAGAGCCUAUACAAACUCAACCCAUGUACACAGUGUUGUGCAUAUGCCAGCCAUGAGUUUGAUACCUGCGUGUCAUUUCUAUGUAUAUGGAUACUGGAGUAUGCGGAAUGGGCAUUUCCGGUGGGUCUCUUUGUGACGCUAAGACUCAUCGGUAGGAAAGAGAACCAGCACUACAGACAGCAGCAGACAACAAGCAAAACCCAGCCUCUGUCAACCCGUUCGCAGGAGACUGGAAGAAGCGAUGGGAUUUCUUCUGAAAGCUUAAAACGCUUUCUGGGCAGAAAAGAUCAGCUUGCAGUUGUCAUUCUUUGGGAAAGCAACGUGGGACUCAAACGCUCAUUGGACUUGUACAGCUUUCAUUCUCUCUUUAUAGCCACCUCUUUCUUGUCUCCAAAUGAGUGCCUGCCUCCAAAGAGAGUUUGUAAAUUGCUAUGUGGCAGGAAAACUGCUGUAAAAAAACAAAACCAAACCAAACCCCAGUCAUUUAAGAGGAAAGAAAGCACAAAUGCAUCUUUCUUUCAAAUUGAGGUGUUCAGAUAUUCUUCAUAACCACCGUAACCAUAUAUACACCUGGGGUGUUUUUGUUCCAAACAAGCUUUGGAAGAGCCUUACUUAGACCAUAGAAUCUAGGAUUGGAAGAGGCCUCGGAGGUCUUCUAGUCCAACCCUCUGCUCAAGGCAGGAGACCUUAUACCAUCCCACUCAAAUGGUUGUUUGAAAACGUCCAGUGAUGGAGCACCCACAACUCCAGGAGCAAGCUAUUCCAUUGAUUAAUUGUUCUCACUGUCAGAAAAUUUUCAGAAUAAUGGCAUGUCUGCAGCCUGCAGCCCCUGUCAGGCAUCUUUCCAGGUAGGGGUACCUAACCAUAAAACUUCCUCAAUAGUGCAACCCCUUCAACAACUUUGCCACAAGAAGUCAUGCACAGAUGCAGACUUCAUAGAUCACCAACAAGCUUGUAAGCCAGAAGAGGAUCAGUUCAUAAGAAUGAUUAAGCAAAGGGGCAUGAGUGAGUAAGGAAAGGUACUAUCAAUCCAGAUAAUUCUGUUUUAGAGUCAAGUGUAGACUUUCCUGUGUAUGCUGGUGGCGGUUUUGGAAUGAAAACGCAAUGACAAAUAACUGUUUUCGGCACUUAUGACUAAUGUGGUGGGAAGACAUUGGGUGAGCUGGUUGGGUUUGCUGGAAUAGGUAGCUUUAUAUUGCCUUUGUGCAGUUUGGCUUGGAGUCAGAAUUUACAGGAGUUAGUGUUGAAAGAUGCCAGCAUAAGAAUAUGAAGGAUGGGCAGGUAUGUUUUUAUAAGAAUCCAAGACCUUGGAUCUCAUUUCUUUCUUUUGCUCCAUCAGCCAAGCUAAUCAGAUUAUUUCUACAUCUCCCACUCUUGGUGCAAGGUUCUGUUGAGAUAAUUAAUAGAGGAGUUUUUAAUGCAGAAUAGCACUAGAGCAGGGGAUGUGCUCUGCAUGAAAAGUGAGGUACGCCAUUCAUUUAUUUAAAGAGCCACAGACACUCCAGAUAGGCUUAGCAAAUUUUUACCAAACGUGGAGGACCUGCCUAUUCAAAACGUUUGGCCAUUUCACUUAAAAAGCCCAAACUCUCCAAUUUUCAGGCAACAAGAGGCAGACAAGUGCAUGUGCGAAAGUUGUUUUUUCAAAAAAAAAAAAAAGCAGAGUUGUUAAUGUGCCUUUGUAUCCUUUAUGAAAUGCAUCACACUGAUGUAAAUGAAUGGUCUUCAGCUGGAGCCAUAAUGAGGGAGUAAACAGCAUGGAAGUGGCAGUUGUCAUUCAAAUGAUUGAAGCCCUGCCCCUUUUUGGUGCACGAGAUCUGGGGUAUGCUUCAAAAAUUUUAGCAAGGGGUUCUCUGCCCAGCUGCUGGGUGGGCGUGGCCAUGGUGGGCAUGGCCUACUCGGCCUCCUGCACCACGAUGGAUGAUGGGGGUUGGCCUCCCUGGGCUCCGGAGGCUUUCCUCGAGCCUCCGGGAGGGUGAAAACAGCCUCCCCAGGCUCUGGAGGCCCCCUGGAGGUUGGAAAAGGGCUCAUUUCCAGACUUCCUGAACUUCCGGGAGGCACAUUUUUCGCCCUCCUCAAGCCUCUGUGCACACCCUACACUUACCUGCAUCCAAAACGGGCCGCAUGGGGACUCCUGGGAGGGGCGGAGUGGGCGGGGCCAGCCAGGAGUGGGAUUUGGGGGUUCUCCGAACUGCACAGAAUCUUAACUAGAGAUUCCCAUGAACUCCUGCGAACCCCCCAGCAGCCCCACCCCUGCACAAGAUGCAUAAAACACACAUUUAAAAAAAGGGACGGCUUCAGGUGCCUGGUGGCACCCAUGAUUUUGAUCCCCUUCCUCAUGAAACCUCUGGAUUUCAGGCCAUGAAUCUUUUUUUUCCCCUUUUUUUUCAAAUUACUUUUAGUCCUGUCAACAAAGAGCAUUAGUCACUGUGUUGAUAGAUGCAGUAAAGGAAGACGAUUCUUCUAGGUCAGGAUAUUGAUUGAAUUAGCCAAGGGAAAGAAGAUCCGUUGGUUCCCAGAACAGAUAUAGAGAUGAUGCAUUCCUUCUGGGGGGGGAAAAAUGGGUGAAAAAGAAGCAUAAAUAUGAACGGAAACUUUUAGGAAUGGUAUGGCAGCUUACAUUAUUCCAUGCAUCUACCAAUUUGAUAAGGGGAUGUGGUGGCUCAGUGGCUAAGAUACUGAGCUUCUUGAUCGAAAGGUUGGCAGUUCAGCGGUUCGAAUCCCAAGUGCCGCAUAACAGGGUGAGUUCCCGUUACUUGUCCCAGUUUCUGCCAACCUAGCAGUUCGAAAGCAUGUUAAAAAUGCAAGUAGAAAAAUAGGGACCACCUAGGAAGAUAGCAGUGUUCCGUGUGCCUUUGGCAUUGAGUCAUGCUGGCCACAUGACCACGGAAAUGUCUUCGGACAGUGCUGGCUCUUCGGCUUUGAAAAGGAGAUGAGCACCACCCUCUAGAGUCCAGAACGACUAGCACAUAUGUGCGAGGGGAACCUUUACUUUUACCAGUUUGUAUGUUCUGGAUUUUUUUUGCCCAAAUGUCACAUUUCAAGACUUUUUGGGAAGGAGAGAAAGGAAAGACCAUGGCCAUCAGUAAGACGUGCUAUUUUGGAUGCAGUCCCUUCCUUUUGUGGGGGAGGAGAAAAUAAGUGGGGGGAUUUAAAGCUUUUUCCUCCGCAGUGAACUCUGGAGAAAGUGAAAUGACCCUUCUCCGGAAGUAGCAGCCAAAUAGAGUAGAGCAAAGAGAUAAAGAGAUAUGGAAACAUUCAGAAGGAAGACAAAUGUGUAUCAUAACAUAAAGUGUUAAUAAAUGUAAUCCCAAAUGGGUGAUUGGACAGAAAGUUCUUUGCAAGAGCUAAGUUGAGAAACGUCUUAGGUGACAGAGCAAGAAUUGAUUAAAAAGGGGGAAAAAAGAGACUAGAUUUUGCUUCCAACUGGUAUGGUGCCUCUUAGGAGACCUAAGACAUUAUUUUUCAAGUACUCCAAGAAAGUUUGAGAGGACAAUCCUAGAUAUUCGUAGCUAAGCACAAUGGUAAUGUGUGUGUGAUGUCUUUUGUUACCGAUCCCAAGGUCAGAGGCAAGUAUGUAAUUCAUAGGUAAAUCAAGCAUCGUCAGAUACUACAUGUUUCAUCACUUGAUGCCAUCUGUGUAUGAAGCCAGUGUGGAAAAAUAAGAAUGGAAUUGGUUCAAUAUACUGUAUUUUUUGGAGUAUUAAGACACACUUUUUUCCCUUCUAAAAGAGGCUGAAAAUUUGGGUGCGUCUUAUACUCCGAAUGUAGCUUUUCCUAAGCCUUUUUUCAGCCCUAACGAGGCGCUGGCGAAUGAAGCAAUCUCUGUGCUUUGCCUGCUCCCUCCAACUCUCAACUGUGCUUUAGAAGCUUUUUUCCAGCCCUAACGAGGUGUUACCUACCGAGUGAAGCAAUCCCCGUGGUUCGCCUGCAUUUCUCAUUGCUUCUCUCUCCAAAGAUCAGCUGUGCUUUAGAAGCUGUUUUUUUUAUCCCCAAGUAGGGGAUAAAAACUAGCAAACUAAUGUGCUGAAGCUGACCAGACUAAGGACGCUUAGCCAGAUGAAUACCUGGUAGGCAGGUUAUUUUUUUCCUGUUUUCUUCCCCAAAAACUAAGCUGUGUCUUAUACUCCGGUGCAUCUUAUACUCCAAAAAAUACAGUAGUUAAGAGACAAUCACCAGAGGUCCAGGUAUAACAUGUAGUUGUGCCAGAUUCAAGUAAGUGAGCAGACUAGAAUUAUCGAAAGGUAGAACAGAUGGGAACCUGAGGCUGAAACAGAAGGGCUGUCCUUUUUCUUUUCUUUCUUCCUGUGAAUGCGAAUGUGAAGAUGAAGAUUGAUUAAUGGGACUAGCAAUGUAUAGUGUCUUGCGUUUAAAGCAAAGACAGAUGCCAUGCGCACUGGAGUACAAUUUCAUAUAAGUACAGAAUAUGGGAGCUUGGAGAAAUAUUCUGCUUGUGGAAAGUCACAUUUUUCAUUCUGAAAAUAAGAGAAGAAAAGAAGAAGUCCUAGCUUCAAUGAUUGGUGAACUUUAAAUGGUACACAGUACUUGGAAAUAUCUUGGAAGUUGAAGACCACAUAUCUUAAAAUUGCCAAGGUUGAGAAACUUUGGCUUAGAAGUUUCCCUUUUAACUGAACCCUUGGGAAGUUCUCAAUACAGUGCUACCUCGGUAUUCAACUGCUUCAAAACUCAUCAAAUUUGGUACCCAGAACCAACCAGAACGGAAUUACAGAGUUGGAAGGGACCUGGGAGGUCUUCGAAUCCAACCCCCUGCUUAGGUAGGUAAUCCUACACCACUUCAGACAAAUGGUUAUCCAACAUCUUCUUAAAAACCUCCAGUGUUGGAGCAUUCACAACUUCUGGAGGCAAGUUGUUCCACUGAUUAAUUGUCCUAACUGUCAGGAAAUUUCUCCUUACUUCUAAGUUGCUUCUUUGGUCUGACCUAGGCUUCCCCAGCAGCACGAAGCCAAGGACUCAUCCCGAUAAACCCCUUUUAUUUAAUUUACAGUGAAUUCCUCUCCAGCAAAGUCUUUCUUCUCCCACAGUCUUUCAAGAUAGUUCACAAUUACCAACCUUUAUCAGGCUUGGAGAGUGGCCAGGCUGGUAUCUUUCAGAUGCCGCAAUACUUGGCAAGAAUGCAGGAAUGAACUAAUCGUUUCCUGCAAACUCCACUCCCCUUUUGCUCCUCUUUUAUUCCCUCUGAGAGGGACCAUUCAUCAUCCACCAAUGGCCUUACUCCCAAGUCGACCCUUGUUCUUUAGCUGUUCCCUUCAUCUGGCAACUCUGUGCAUGCGCACACUGGGAACAGGCUCCAGCUGUUCAUCUGCCUCACUGAUGUCUGAAGACAGCUGAUAACUGUCCUGCGGCCUUGGCCCCCUCUCUGCCUCUGAAGCAAAGCUCUCAUCAGAGCCUUCCCCAGACUCCAGGACUGACCCACGUUCCUCCCCAACCUCCUCACUGCCAGAUCUGCUGGUGGGUCACAACAUUCUCUCCUUGAUUAACUUGAUGCAUUUUGGAGCAAAAAUGUUGUCCCGGUACUCAUUCUUUGGUAUCUGGCACACUGCAAAAAGAAGAAGGGGAUGGCUGCAGGGGGUGGACAGGAAGUCAGCCAUGUUGGGAAGAUCCCUGACAUAGAAAAAAAAAAGAGGAUAGGCAGAAAGUUUUUCCCAGCCAAAACAAAGGUCAUGUGGUAAGUCUCCUGAUUUGUUUAGCACUUGUACUAUUUAGUACCCAUCCUAAUUCCCAGAACCAAUUAACAUUGAAUACCGCGGUGCCACUGUAAUGGGAUGUUCUUCUAAUUGGAGAAAUCCUUUUUUUUGGUGGGGUUGACGCUAACGCUAAUACCUUUAAAAGAUUUGAAGGGGCAGGUCCUGAUGCAAUUCUCAUGUAUCAUAUUCUCUAAAGGAAAACAAGGCGAAGGGUUUUUAUAUCUAUAUAAAUUUUAUUAUAAAAAAGCAAAGUACCUUUUUCAGGUCGAUGGAAGCUGAAUAACUUGUGUGGUGCUUAUUUUCAAGAUAUGUGUCUAUUUGUAGGUGAUAGAGCAAGGGAGGCCACGUUUAAAGAAUGGUUAUAUUUGAAAUGUCUAUUUCAUAUUACACGUUCACUACAGCCAGUCAAUUUUGAGCAUCACAUUCCCCAGCUUUCCAACCUUCAGAUAGGUUGGCAUUACAGCAGUGGUGAAAUCCAAUUUUUUUUACUAAUGGUUCUGUGGGGGUGGUUUGGUGGACGUGGCUUGGUGACCAUGGCAGGGGAAGGAUACUGCAAAAUCUCCAUUCCUACCCCACUCCAGGGGGAAGGAUACUGCAAAAUCCCCAUUCCUACCCCACUCCAGGGGGAAGGAUAUUGCAAAAUCCCCAUUCCCAUCCCACUCUAGGGGGAAGGAUAUUGCAAAAUCCCCAUUCCAUCCCCACUUCUGGGGGAAGGAUAUCGCAAAAUAUCCAUUCCCACCCACCCCAGGGGAAGGAUACUGCAAAAUCUCCAUUCCUACCCCACUCCAGGGGGAAGGAUACUGCAAAAUCCCCAUUCCUACCCCACUCCAGGGGGAAGGAUAUAGCAAAAUAUCCAUUCCCACCCACUCCAGGGGAAGGAUACUGCAAAAUCUCCAUUCCUACCCCACUCCAGGAGGAAGGAUACUGCAAAAUCCCCAUUCCUACCUCACUCCAGGGGGAAGGAUAUUGCAAAAUCCCCAUUCCCACCACACUCUAGGGGGAAGGAUAUUGCAAAAACCCCAUUACCUCCCCACUUCUGGGGGAAGGAUAUUGCAAAAUUUCCCACCCACUCUGGGGCCAGCCAGAGAUGAUAUUUGCUGGUUCUCCGAACUGCUCAAAAUUUCCGCUACCGGUUCUCCAGAACCGGUCAGAACCUGCUGGAUUUCACCCCUGCAUUACAUUGCCUAAAAUUCUGACUAGUGGUUAUAAGAGCUGGGAGCUGUAGUUUCACUGUCUCUGGAAAUGGUCAGAGUUGGAAAUGACUGAUUCUCGGAUUCUGUGAGAUAUUUUUUUUUAAAGUUCUAAUCUUUCAUACAAUCUUUGACCAUCUUUUACAAUAAAUAUAUAUAUAUAGUUUGACAUAACAAUUCAUUAUUAGGAAAGGGGAAGAAACAACAGGGCUAUAAACCGACAUAUCUAACUGAAAGUUUUGCCCAGUUGUAUACCUUGGUGAAGAUAUUUGGCCAUCUGAAAUGCAAGUAUGUGGUUAGCAUCCCUUAAAAAAUAAUAAGCAUAAAAUUUAUCAGUGUGGGUCUCAUAUUUGGAAGUGAUUGGGGCAAUCAGAGCAUAUCUUGGGGUUUCAUUAAAAAGCACCCUGAAUGAGAUCGUGGGUGAGAGUUUUUCCUCCCUCCUUGAAUCCACAGGGGCAAAGUCUCUCCAGAUUUAAGGACUCCCAUGAAAUCUUCCUAACCAGUAGAGCUGAUGGGAGGGCAUCAAAGCAGGCUCUGGAAAAGGCCCAUCUAUAUUUGCUUUGGGUUAGAUUAUAUAGAAGGGUGUGAUGGCUCAGCAGUUAAAGACACUGAGUUUAUCAGCUGGAAGACUGACAGCCUGCGUUCGAGACCCGAGUGCCACACGACAGGGCGAGCUCUUGUUGCUUCCCCAGCUCCUCCCCACCUAGCAGUUCGAAAGCAUGCAAAUGUGAGUAGAUAAAUAGGCACCACUUUGGUGAGAAGGUAAGAGUGCCCUCUACAUCUCAGCUUAUAGUCACGCUGGCCAUAUGACCAUGGAAAUGGUUUUCAGACAACACUGGCUCCCUUGGCUAAGAAAUGGGGAUGAGCACUGCCCCCUACAGUCAGAUACAACUGGGCAGGGGAAAACUUUAGCUUUGCUUAGGUUGUAUAAAUACCCUGCAGUAGAAGACUGGUGUCUGUCUCACAUUUGGCAAUAAAGAGCACCACUGGUAUCAUUUUGAUCAUCAGUGUCCCCGAUUCUCUCUUGUGCUAUUGAUUUGGCCAUCACUAGGGUUAAUUGGUGUAAAUAUUCAGGCGAGAGGUCAAAACUACAAAAUUUUGCUGUACAGAAAUGGUGCCAAUGAGAUUGGCAGCUAUCUGACAACAGCAGAGGCAUCUAGUCUGUAGGGUCAAACAUACUCUGGUUUCUCUUCAGCUGGUAUAAAUCUUUUCGCCUUUGAAAGGCACUUUUUUUAAAAAAAAAACACCAAUGAAAUAACCAACUAAAUAGUCUUAACGAUCAACUUGUCUAUUGUGCAAGAACUGAUCUACACUGUAGAAGUACUUAACUUUACAAACAGGAUAUGGUCCAACACAGAAAGAGAGGCGCUUAUUUCACUUGUGAGUCUAUUUUAAAAGCUCCUUUUUACGUUACUGUUCCUACUCAGAAUACUGACAUUAUUCCAUGGGCAAGAUAUCAGUUUUUGAACACGGAAUCUGUUGCUUUCAUUAUCGCAUCACCUGAGCUGCUAUUUUGAGAGGUGUUACCAGAGCUUACAUUUCCUGACUCAAAAGUACAUACUGUAAGAGCUUCUAAAUAAGUCACGUCUUCCCUUGUGGCUUAACCAGAAGUCUCGGGGAAAAUGUUCCAGUCCUCAAAUCCAUCUUUUCUACACACCCUUCUUUUACCAUGGAGAGGCUGUUGGGAUGAGGACAGGAGAUCUCUUUAGCUGUUCAAAUCAAAACUGUUCUAUAGGUUCCAAUAUAAAAGAUGGAGGAACUUGUGGUUCUCCCUUAUAUACAUUAUUGGACACCAUUUCCCAUUAUCCCCGGCCAGCAUAGCCCAUGAUGGCAAGAUGUAAGGGUUCCCACAUCCUCUGUUGCAUUUUCCUAAAUAGGAACGUCCACAAAGGAAUUAUUUAUGGUCCAGUUGAUAAUUCCAUUGGAAAGUUUUCCUGAUGGAUGUCACCAGAUUUAGACAAGUAAUGAUAUGAGGAUUGAUUGGGAAUGAGAUGGGUCUAUGGAUAUAUUUGUUUGACCUGCUGCCUUGAAAUGAACAAUUCUGCAUAGAGGAGGAAAUAGUUCUCAAAGGGAAACGCACACUUUGUUUUAAAGAAUAUGAGUAAUAUCACUUUGCAAGGCACCGUUCUUGUUUCUUCGGCUAUUAUCAGGAAAAUACCUCUUUUAAGAAAGCAGCUGCCAUCUGCAUGCAUAUGCACACUCUGUAUGGAUUAUAUCCAUUAUGCUCUAGCUUUCUUGCACUUUAGGGGGAAAAAAACAUAUUUCAAAGAUUUAAGCGUACCUAUUAGAAUGCCAGUCCCUCGAUUGAAAAUGAUAGAUGUGUAUAAGAAGGGAGAGUGAGAUCCUCUAUGAAUGUAGUCACAAACCAGAGUUUUCCUGUUUGGAAACUGUCCAGAGUACAAGAGAUGAGAGAGUUUGGGAUAUGGAAAUAACACCAGAUAAAUAAUGCAGAGCCUGGUCAACACAUUUUAAGACAGGCAUUGACCAAAUGGAGACGAUGUUCACCAGAAUGAAGGAGGGUUUUUUUGUUUUUUUUUGAAAAGUCCUGUGAGGAAUAGUUGAAAGAAUUGCUUACAUUUAGCCUGAAGGGGAAAAACAACAACAAGAAGAAGAAGAAGCGAGAUCAAGAGGAAAAAAAGGGGGACUUAUGCUGCAUUUAGAUGCCUCCCCAAUAACGAAGAAUAAAUUGUAGACUAUAAAACAGCGAUGGUGAACCUUUUCGGCACCAAGUGCUAAAAAGGGAGUCCGCGUGUGUGCGUCUGGGCCGCAACCCGGAAGAGGAGCUGCCCAGGGUGCAUACGCACGCCCCCGAAAAUCAACUUCUGAUUUCAGCUACUGGACUUCCGGUUUCAGCCAGCUACUCUUCCGGGUUUCUGGUAUGCGUGUACACGCGAUGAUCAGCUAGCCGGCACGCAUGCUCAUGCAGGAAAACGGAAGACCGGCUAGAAGAUCUUCUAGUUUUCUGGCACUGCUGCAGGCAAAAAGACUAGCUGAUCGGUAUGCGUGCACAUGCGCCAGAAACCCCGGAAGAGGAACAGGCGAUGCCACUUCGAGCACGCGUGUCAUAGGUUCGCCAUCACGGCUAUAAAAGAUAUGACAGAUAAACUUCAAUUCUAUGAAUGGCUACUUUACAAAGCACAGAUCAGCAUCACCUCCAAUGAGGCUGUAUGACAAGGAAGCAGAUUUGGGAAGAAAUUUCCUGAGGGAUAUAGCAAUAACAAUAACACUUAGAUUUAUAUACCGUUCCUUAAUGUUUUAAGGCAUUCCCUGGGCAGUUUACAAUGUCAACAUAUUGCCCUCCAACAAUCUGGGCCCUCAUUUUAGCAACCUUGGAAGCAUGGAAGGCUGGGUCAACCUUGAAUCGAAUUCCAGAUGGGGGCAGUUUGAAGGGAAAUAUUUGCCUGCAGUACUGCAUUCUAACCACUGCGCCACGAGGGUUCCUAUGAGAUUUCUCAAGAAUGUUUGGUUUCAAAGACCAUUAAAGGAUUGAAGGAGGGAAUGAAUAGACAUUUUUUUUGAGAAUGUUGCCGUACUUGCACAGGAAAAGGGACUGCUAGGUGAUCAUCUCUGACUCAAAGUGAUUUGAAGAUGCACUGUAAUCCAGAUGUUAUAAUAUCAAAUGGGGAAAAACUCCAUCUUAAAUGUGAGAUUGUUUGCAAAUUCCAACUCAACACACCUGCCCUAGAGUAUAACGCAGGGGUCUCCAACCUUGUAAUUUUAAAACCCGUGGCCUUCCAUUCCCAGAAUUCCUGAGCCAGCCAUGCUGGCUGGGGAAUUCUGGGAAUUGAAGGCCACAAGUCUUAUUUGCGAUCCCUGGAAUAAUGGCUGCACAUAGGAAUGGUGCGCUCACCCAUUUAUGCUAUGCGGAUGAAUAGGUAGAAGCAGCAUUAUCGGGUAGAUUUCUUUCCUGAGGAAGGAACAACUUGGCAACAGAUAUACAGCUAAAGAAUGCAGUUGUGUUUCCAUCUUAAGAGAACAACUAAUCAUGGCCACAAUGUUUUAAGAUUUUCUGACCUCUUCUUAUUCCAUUUUAACGGAAUUGAUCUGUCCAAAUUCCUGUAUGAAAAGGAGUCGAACUGCCCUUCUUCAAAUAUUGUAUAAAAAGCAGAGCUCGGCUUUUCUGUUAGCUAUCACCUUUCACCAAAUGUUGCAACGCUGUUUAUGAAAUUUAAAUGUGUAUUUUGAAAAGAAAAUGUACAUUUUAAAUCUAUUUUGAAAAGAAAUGUGUAUUUAAGUACAUAUUUUGAGAAGAUUUUUUUUUUUAAUGACAAGCCCUGCAAAUCAGUGCAUAUGUGGAAUAGGAUCCUAAAUUUAAAAAAAACAAAAACAAUGUGAAAUUGGAAUGAAACGGAAAUAAAAGUUUGUCUAUUUGUAUUGACUCUGUGCUAAUAAUGGGAUAGAGGAAGACUUCUUUAAGUAACUUGUUGAGUUGCUUCAUUCAUAAAUUAUCACUGAUGAAAGAAAUCGAUUUAAUUGGAGCAGUGACCAGCUGAUCGGUCAGGUGAUUCUGUAAAACCUGUGAAAAUGCAAUUUCCAGGGAUGAGUGAACAUGGAGCUGAUUUUGUCUGUGAAUAUAAACGUCAAAUGCCUUCAUUUUCGAUGAAUCAGUUGCUGUAUCUCGUCAUCCAGUCGCCUUGUAUUUCCCUAAGCGGUAUCCUUUGGUCCACUGCGGUGUGAAAACUCAAUGUUUCUUUCAUUCUUAAGGAAAAGUUCAAAAGUCAAUCAGGUUCGUUUUGCAGGACAUUUAAAUUUUUCCAAAAGUGGUUUUUGUUUUCUCCCUCAACAAGGGCAAGCGUUUAAAAAAAACAAAAAACAUAAAAUAAAAUCCAAAGUGCUCUCAAAAGCAUCGACUCUUCACCUUCCUCCAAAAUGCUCAUCCUGUCUAUAAAUGUGUACAGAGAUCUUUGUAUAUAGAGAUAAGCAUUAUUCAUAUUAAUAACAGUGUACAUAUUUAUCAGUAUUACAAAUUCCAUGGUGCUCCCCCCUUCCUUUUUAUUAAGAAGUCAGUGAAAUAAAGCAUUUUCAACCGAAGACAAGUGCCACCAAAAUGUUAUCCUUUGGAGGUCUGUUGUUGGUUCGCUGUGGCUUUCAUGAACACUUUUGCAAGAAGGUCCAUGUAGCAGAUGGUUUAAACAUUGACUUGUGUCCUUUGGCCCUACUUUGGGGCAAGCUCUGCAUCAGCCACUAGAAAUGCCUUAUGAGCAAAGUUGCUUGUUCCACCAACUUUGAGAGGUGAAGAAGAGAGAGAGAAGUCCAUAAUAGGAAACAGGGUUCCACAGGAGAUGCCAAUCUUCCCUUCCCACCAUCUCUGGGGCAGUAUGUUGUUGUUUUUUUUCUUUUAUUGAUCU